AACGACAAUAUUUAAGAUGGCGUCCUAGACACAAAGGUCAACUUCAGCGACAACAAAAGAAAAAGAACAAAUAAUUCAAGUUUGUUCAAAAUAUUUAUUCUUUAAAGUAGUUAGGCUGUAAUAAAUAUCUUGCAAAUUUGAAGUGCUCCUUCAGAUUGCUUUUUCGUGAAAUCAUGGAGAUAUAAAGACUGAAAAUCUAAACACAAUCUCGUGACCCAGAACUUUAUAGAUUUUUCUCAACCUCAUCCUCACGGGUUCUUGUUUUUUGACACUCUAUCCGGUAAGAAAUGAAACUAUAAACUAGCUAACUAUGAACUAGCUAAGUAUAAACUAGGGAACUAUAAAUUAGCUAACUAUAAAUUAGUUAACUAUAAACUAGCUAACUAUAAACUAGCUAACUAUAAACAAACUAACUAUGAAUUAGCUAACUAACUGUCCAGACACUAGUUUUAGAGGCUAAAAAAUCUAAGAAGUUCUGGAGACGAGGUUGAGAUUUUUUAUUAAAAAACCUAGAAGCGGGUUAUGCGGGACAAAUGGUAAAAAGUGAACUCAAUGGAAAAUUUGUUAUGGGAUUUUGAUUCUUUCAAAAAAAAAAAAAAAAAAAUACUCAAAUAUUCAAAUUUAACGAAGUAAUAUCUUAAACUUUCCUCCUGGCUCAGAAAUACAAACAAACAAACAAAACUGCGCAUAUGUUUAAAGUCAAUUAGUUUUCUAGAAGUCUGCCCGAAUAAGUCGCUAUAAACAUAGUAGCUAUGCUAUAAAGAGUGUGUUCCGAAGUUAUGUGCCUGAUCUGUGUUAUAUAUGUUACGUGCCGUAUCGUUCUUAAGUACAGAAAGCACUUUAUCCAACCCACUUACAUGUUGUCUCUAUUAUAUAUACAUAUGCCAACCUUGUCCACGAGGUUGAUACAUAUGCGUGUGGACGUGACAGAAAUAGAAGUUUUAAGUUGGUUAUUCUGUGAUUUUAACUGUGCGAUACAUAAUAACAGAUAGUAGCGUAUGUGUAUUUUGUUAACCUACAGAAAAUCUGCAUCUGUGGAAAAACUCGCGGGUUUUCCCGACCUUUUUAUACCGCAUUGCAUUCGUCUCGCUACUUACGGUACCAUUUUGCGUGACAGGCAGACGCAUGAGCAAUCGGCUUUAAGGAACUAAAAGAAUUAUGUCUAUUUACGCUGGGCAUUUUGAGUAUCAAAUAUCGCAGAAGAGCAGCGAGUGGAUUAAUUAACUACCUGAAAUAACCUGAAAUUUGUGUUGGAAAUACACACGUAUACCGACGUAUGUAUUUGUAACCGCGCAAAACAAACAUGUUCAUAAAGAAGCCGAAGUACAAGGUUGGUAAAGAAUGUGAUGUUCUCAUACCCAAACAGAGGCUCACGUUGUGCAUUGAAUUGUUCACUGUGAAAUACAAAUUUAUACUCGGCUGGAUGUGUUACCUUUUUAAUUAGCGAGUCAUGCGUUAUAGAAUUAACUGGAUACUGGUGAGCGUAGUGUCGAUGCAGGUGUGAUGUUGCCGCUGAAGUGUUUAUUCUUAUAUUUGUGUUGCGUUUGUGUGUUUGGAAUUUCUUUGUUUACCAAACAUCGUUUAAAACAAAAUGGUAUGCGCAGAGAUAAAAUUGCUCAUUUAAGUAAAUCAAAAUCAAAGAUGCUCGAUCUUAUAUUGAAUCAAGCAGUAAACGAAAUAAUCAAUAGUAUAUCCUCAACACGAACUCGCAAACGAAAGAAAAUCGAGAGCAACACGAGGCAUAGUGAUGAAGAAUUAAAACCUAUUAACAAAACAGAUAUACCAGAAAAUGUGAGAGAAUCUUUAAAAAUUGCAAGUGAUAGAUUAAAAAAUACAGACCCGCUGCUAGACCCCUUUGUUGGUCAAAACGACCCGUAUCGAUACGAACACAAUACAAACGAUACGACAUUUGACAGCGUAAAAGAGUUUAUAAAGUCAAUCGAGACAAAAUCUGCACCACAAGAAGUAGAAGAGGAUGUAUUGCUAAGUAAUCAUCGCCAUAACAACAAUGCUAACAGCUUUGAUAAGAAAAUUAAAAUUUCAGAAAAUCUUGAGAAACCUGUUGGGAGAAACGAAGAAAAAGAAAAAUUAUACUUAGAAAAUUUAGAAGAAAAAUCCUCUUUUGAGGAGUUUAGAAAAAACGAUCAAAAAGAGGAAGGAAAAAGCAGUAAAAGCAAAGUGGAUAAUAACUUUGAUACCAAAGAUUUAGCAAGUGAGAUGUUGCCCCUCGAUAAUGGCUAUGAUAUUAUUUUAUUAAAAGACGAGGAAAAUAAUGAUGAAGUAAAACUCGAUGAACCAAAUGUUCACUUUGACGUUAAAGUGAAUACGCCAAAUAGUCGAGACAAGGUAGUAAAGAAUUUAAAAGAUGUUGUGAAUGUUUUGUCGCGAUUAAAGUUUGGGAAAAACAAAGGAGAUGAAGAGAAUAAUAGCAAGAAUGAAAAUAGCUAUAAAAUCAUUGUUGGCGAUAAGAGAGGUAGUCCCAGUAACAUUAGUAUAAAUGGCUCGCUUAUCCAAGAGAAUAAAACGAACAGUUUUAAUAAUAUGACUCAUUUAAUCGAGGUACAAAAUGUUACAGCAAAAGAUCCAGCCACGAAUGCACCAACAAAUAGCAUUGAAACUUCAUCUAUCAAACUGACAGACUCAAAAUUGCCAGAAGUCAUACCGGAGAUUAAAAAUCACAUGUAUCCGGUACAUGGAUCUUAUUUUCUACAACACGAUGGAAACAUUUAUAAGCUGGAGAAAGUCGAUAAUAUCCAUAAUGGACUCGAUGAUUCAGAGCAGUUACGUGAUUUGUCAAGAUUAACUGAACAAACGAGUCAAAAAAUCACAGAUCAAGCUCAAACAAGGUCACAACAGAAAACGCUGCCGUCUGAGAAAGAAUAUAAUCAAUACCAACAGAUCAACCCUCCAAACAAAACAUACAUUAUCCGACAUGGUGAAGAGACAUAUGAAAUAACACAGUCAGAGAAAGGAGAGGGAGAGACAACACCUAUUGUGUCAAAAGAUGUCGAAACAGCUGCCGGCGGUAUCAAUACAUAUGAAAUUAAACACAACAACAAAAUAUUUCGAGUUACUGAAGUUAUAGCGAGUAAAAAGGAUGACAGGUUAACGCCAGGUACAACAAAUUUAUCGAUAGAUGACACUGUUAAAAAUAGUUAUGUAAACAACCAGGAGCAGACAUCAGAGAGUCCUGUAAAUAGCAACUUUACGAGAGACGCUGCAUCGCUUGAGCAAAGUCAUUUCGAAGAUGCAAGUUUAAAUAAAAAUCCAAGUUUUAUCGAUAAUCAAAUUAGCGACAAUGAUGCAGAGCGUCGUUUCGAAGAUACAAGUUUAAAUAAAAAAACAACUUCUGUCGAUAAUCAAAUUAGCGAUAGUGAUGCAGAGCGCCGUUUCGAAGAUACAAAUUUAAAAAACAAUCAAUCUUCUGUCGAUAAUCAAGUUAGCGACAAUGACGAUGAUUAUGUUACGUACGUUUUUCGAACGAAAAAUAAUACGACUGCGUAUUCGACUAAUAAUACAAGCUUUGAAGAAGAGGUCUAGGUAGUUUUGUUAUGUUACAGCAUACUUGUAUAUGGUAUAAUUAAUUUUAUAAUAUUUAUUACAUAUUUUUUACUAAUAAUGCGUUUCAUUGAGUUUUGAUAUCGGCUCAAAGCGACCCUGGGGACGAGGAUGCCAAAAUAUACGCAGCAUCUGUCUUUGAUAAUCUCCCGUACGUCGAAAAUUGUAUAAAAAACUUCACGCUCGACAAGGAUUUUAUACGACAUUAAAAACCCUAAAAUCUCACAAAAUUGUCAUGCGAUAACAAAAGGGUGUGUUUAAAAGAAACAAACCUUGUGAAGAUAGAUCCUUACUAUUCAGAUUUGCUCGUGGUACGUCCUAGCCUGCCUGCAGUACAGAAUAAUCUCUGUCAGCGCCCAUGUCGAUAUCAUUUCUUUAAAAUAAAGCUAAUAAAUGCUAACGUCAGCAACAAUUUGCACAUUUUGAGAAUUUAGAUCUAGUGGAUAAUCGAAUUUAUGAAAAUAGUAGGCGUAAAAGACUCCUGCGGACGAGGAUGAGUGCACACAAUUAUCUGUUGGGAUGAAAUUCGCGACAUUCGUAGUCUAGUCUCGAAUAGAUCUUUAAUGAGAUACUGCUGUGUUAGUAUAGCUUGGGGAAAGGGAAUCUGUUGGAGUAACUUAUUAUGUAAAUCAUAAUUAUUUUCCUGGAAUAAAAUAUGGGUAAAACUUUUAUUCCUUGUCAGUAGAGUAAUUUACAGAACAAAGUCCCUUUGGUCAAUCCUGAUCUUUAAAAUAAGAUUCGAUUAAUACUAAGUUAGCUACUAUUAUUAUUAUUAUUAUCAAACUUAAUCUCUUGACAUGACUCGCCCGGGGUUUGAACCCAAUACUUUCUGUACUGGAAUCGAACGCUCUGCCACAAGGCUACAGCAUAUGUGAUGACUGAGCCAGAUGUAAGUAAAUACGUGCACGCGCAUGCGCACACUAAACGGUAAAAAAUCAAACAAUCGCGUAAAAGGUGUAGAGAUUAAUCUUUUUUACCAAAAUAAAAGCUGAUUAACUUAUCGUCGGCACUUCAUUUAAGGCACCAUUUAGUAUUUUAAAGAAAUUGUGUCGUAUGGGUCACGUGACUCGCUCAAAUCUAGAUACAGAAAGCACGUUUAUUCAAGCUCAGAAUACGAAAUACAUGAGAAGCGUUCUGAUAUUUAAACUGUAUUGAUAUAAAUAACUUUACGGAAUAUAGUUUAGUUAAUUAGUUCACUGCUUAUAACGCGACAUAUACCUUGUCACAAUUACGUCAUCAGUUACAUAAUUAUGUCAUUUAUUCCUUGUAGUUUCUAGUAAACAUUUUCUGACGCAACUCAAACUUUACAGUACACCACAAAAGUAGAUUUUUUGCUACUUCCAAAUAUAACACUUUUGUCCGAAUUUUCAUGAAAAAGAAAAACUUUCCUGUUUUAUUUUUUGUUGAAGUCAACAAAAAGUCGCGUCAUUGAAACAUAGUACAUGUUCUUGUAAGAACACUGGGUCUGAUAUUUAACCAAAAAUUUGUGUUUUGUCUGUUCAAAAUGGUUGCACUCUCGCUUCAUUUUGAACUCCCCAGAGU